GUUGUGUCGCAAUCGAGAGAAGAAGACUUUGGGAGGGCUACGCAUUUUUCUUCAUUGCUGAUUUUUUCGCGGUCAUUUUCAUUUUCAUUUUUCUCUUUGCUGUUCUCUGUCUGUUUGUCGAAGUGACAGGUGGUGUGCUUCCAAGUUUUUUGCCAUUUCAAUUCUAACAAUAUGUUGUACCACGUGGAAAUGUUCACGAUUAUUCUGUUAUUUGGAUUCAGCUUGGCGGAUUACUGUGGAUCCGAUCAAGUACCAUAUGGAAUGGAAGUUCAUCACAGUGGAGUGGUUCGAUUAAUGUGUUCAAAACCUAAUUGCUACGACAAAAAUUAUUCGGACUGUCCAGAACGUGCUGAAAGUCGGCAUGGAUGUCAGAAGUCGAAUCAAUGGGUUGGAGGAUUUGAGAAAAAUAUUGAAGGAGAUUUAUAUACAAUGUGCUGCGAAUUUGAAGGAUUAGAGAAAUAUGCUAAAGUUCGAUAUUCAGAUGUCCGUAUUCGACGAGGUGAAUUUUUCGAAGGAGAAGAAAAAGAAAAUGAUGAUGGAGAUGUGGUAAAAUUUGAUGUAAUAAAAGAUAUUCGAAUGCAUAAGGAUGAUGAAGGACAAGCUUACUACAACCUGACGGUUCUUUCAUUCAAUUGUGAAUCAAUUCCCGAUGUGAAACCAGCUUGGUACCAGAAGAGUCAAUGGCCAUACUUUCAAUUUGCAAAGAACUGAUUGGAUUAACAUGCCAACUAGGUCAUCGUCAUUUAACAUAUUUGUUAUCAUUGUCCAUUUAAACGGGAACUUAGUUAGAAAAAACACGGGUCUGUUGUCUGACCGGUGAUGUUUGAAGAAAACUUGUGCCCUAUUUGCUUGUGAUCUUUCGAAAACAAAAUAAAUUUAUGCAAUGAUAUAAAGCGAUUCUCGAAAAUUUAAAACUCUCAUAAAAAUAUGUGAUAAUGUUUUUUGAAGACUGUUUUCAAUUCUUCUUUCGGACAGGUGAUACCAAACAACGAUCGUUCCACCGUCAAAUGGGCCACAUGGCUCCUAGGAAUUGGAAUUAGGUCCGUCGUAAGAUCCUUCCAAUCGAGUAAAAGCCGAUUUAAGGAUCAGAACAGUGUUCGAAUAAAUUUUAUGGAUUUUGAAAAUAAAAUUUUAAUGCCAUAAAAUGUAUAGUUUUGCCCAAUUUAAAAAAAAAACAACAAUAAUAAUACAUUUAAUAAACGCACAACUUCACGUGUGCACAUUCAAAAAAUAUUCCUUAUCUGAUUUUACAUUAAAUCGAUAUUUUAUUAGUUUCAAAUUAGUUUCAAAUUUCAACACAAAAGUUUUAGUAGACAAGUCGAAGUUUUAUUGUGAACAAUGUCGACAAUGAGUGAGUUUAAAUCGAGUUUCGGGCAAUUUAAAAAAAUUAAGAAUUUCAGGUAAAGAGCAAGUUUCAGUGCAUUUUACUCCGUCAAGAGUGAAUGUCGAUAAAAUAUUGGAAAGAUUGAUGAACAUUGGGAAAUUGGGUUCUGGAUUUACAACUACUAUUGAUGAAGCGGAAAUAUCUGAUUUCAUUGCUGAAACUCUUCAAGUGUUCCAACGUCAGCCAAUGAUGAUUGAAUGUGCUCCACCUCUCACAGUUGUUGGAGAUCUUCAUGGACAGUUUGGCGAUGUCAUUCGCAUUUUCAACAAUGUCGGUUUUCCACCAAUUAUCUUUUUCUCGGUGAUUACAUUGAUCGUGGACAGUUCAGCAUUGAGACAAUCAUGUUUUUGAUGUGCCUCAAAAUGAAAUUCCCAGAGAAUGUCAUUUUGUUGCGUGGGAAUCACGAAACAAGACUGAUCAAUCGCAUUUAUGGAUUUUACGAUGAUCUCAACAAGCGUUUCGGUACUCCAAGAUUGUAUGAAGACUUCACGAAAAUGUUCGAAAUGAUGCCAUUGACGGGGUUAAUCGGUAAACGGAUUCUUUGUAUGCAUGGAGGAUUGUCCUCUGAUUUGCUGAACUCUCCAAAAUUAGAUAUCUUGAACACAUUUGCUCGUCCAAUGCAUGAUCCUCCAAAUCCAUCUCUCGCCAUUGAUCUUCUUUGGUCGGACCCGGACGUUAACACAAAAGGAUUCAAGUCUAAUAUCAGAGGAUGCAGUUGCACAUUCGGACCCGAUAUUGUUGCUCAAACGUGUGAAAAGUUUGGACUUGACCUGAUUGUCCGUGCUCAUCAAGUAGUUCAAGAUGGUUAUGAAUUCUUUGCAAACCGUAAACUCGUCACACUUUUCUCGGCACCCCACUAUUGUGGUCAGUUUGACAAUGCUGCAGCUGUGAUGCAAAUCAAUUCAAAUAUGGUUUGCUCAUUCAAGAUCCUACGUCCCGAAUUCCCUGGUAGAGCAGCUCCAAGUCAUGAGAAGUCGACGGCUACGAUCCUCUUGCCACCUACCUAGAACAUUCUCCUGUGAACAUGUGAUCUAAAUAAAUCUGAAUUUGUUCC